GUUGAGUUCGAACCGCUGACGGUCGUCACUCUUCCGACGGUGUUCCGCGCCGGCGAGACCGUGGCCGCCAGGCUCGAGGACGAGGUCCUCUGGGCCCUGCACACGGUCGACGGCUCCAGCAAUGGUGGGGGCAAGAUCCAGCUCACGCAGGUGUGCAUCUGCAGCAACGUCAAG